CACAAGCACGCACGCACUCACGCACUCAUAGACGCACGCACAGACUCAGCAACGCACUUUACACCAAAAAAAGCAGCGCAGAGGCAAUAAUAACAAGAAACAGCGAAAACAUGCGUUUUCUCACUUUGACGCUUGUCGCAUGUGCCACUUUAGGCGCUGUCAGCGCAGAUGUCUCACACUUGGCCAAACACUAUAUACCGCCAAGAAUGAUGAUGCCACCUGUUGUGGGCGGCAGUGCAGCGCACAUGAGCCCGAGUAACGGUAUGCGCUUAACUCACCGCGGGGAGCACACUGUGACCACGAUUGAGAAGCAGGAAUUGCGCGAGUUGCCAACACAAACGGAAUAUCUGCGACCGGGACAGGUGCCUUAUGGCAUCGGUGGCAACAUGGAAAACCACCAUGGACCAAGUGACAUGCGCGCAGCUGAACAUGGUGUCGAGAAACCGCUGGCGAUGAUGAUGCCAAGAGAAUUGUUAUCACCACCACCGGCGCCAACAGCAACCGAACCAAUCAAACAAGAACAGAUGACAACUGUUGCACCUAGUAAACAGUAUUUGGCGCCUGUGAUGAGCGAAAUGAGCGAGGGACAGAUGAGGCAGCAUAGUGACAUGCCUUCGAGGCAGUACUUGGCACCAGAGCGUAGCGAAAUGGCCGAGGGACAGAUGAGGCAGCAGCCUUCGAGGCAGUACUUGGCACCAGCGAGGAGCGAAAUGAACGAGGAACAGAUGAGACAUCAUGAUGAUAUGCCAUCAAAGCAGUACUUGGCACCACCUAUGAUGGAAAUGCAACAACAAAGGCAAGUAAGCGCGGCAAGUAUGCCCAGCAGACAGUAUUUGGCGCCAAUGGUGAAAGAUCAAAAGCAAGAGCAGACAGAGCAACAACCUCAACAGCAACAGCCACAACCCCAGCAACAGCAACAAGCUCAGCAACAGCAACAACCGCAAGAACAGCAGCAACAACCAACACCAGCAGCACCAUCGCGCCAAUAUCUAACACCAAUGCUGAUGCAAAUGCGAGACCAAAUGCAUGAAAUGCCUGCAAUGAGUGCACCAAGCAGACAAUACUUGGCGCCAGCACCCACAAUGUCAGCCAGCAACGAACAACAUUUGCAGCAGCAAUCAGCGCCAGCACCACAGUACUUGCCACCACAGCAGCAGAUGCACGAAAUGCCCGUCAAUCAAUAUUUAGCGCCACAUUCCAGCGACAGCCAUGCCAUGACAAUGCAACAGCUGGUGCAACAAAAACAGAUGGCACCUGAAGCAACACAAGCACCAGCCACCCACUACUUGCCACCCGCAAUGCAAAUGCAACGCGAGUUAGUCGCACCGCCAAUGGCGCCGGUAGCAUCACCAAUGCAGCCAUCGCGUGAAUAUCUCAGUCCCUUCGGCGAAGCUGAAAACGUUGCUGAAGCCGCGCAAGAAGUCGCCGAAAUGUUCGAUGACCAGUCGGCACAACAACCGAUGCCACCAGCAGCAGAAGGCGAGGAAGAGCCCGCUAACUACUACCUACCGCCACAGUCCGUGGACGCGCAGUCAAUCAACUAUCAGCAAUACGGGGCGCCAUCACAGUCGGAACCCUUGACACCUGUGGAUUUUGUGCGUCAACAUCAACAGUUGAUGACGCAGUACAAUGGUGUACCCGACGCGCCAGUAUCUUUCGCUCAAUUUCAAUCGAUAAACAGCGCGGAACCCACUUUACAAACGGUGGCUGAGCCUACACCGGCACAUUACUUAGCCGAUGAUGGUUAUCAUUAUCGCGAUGGCGGCAACAGUAAUGUACUCAGCAACGGUAAUGACGAUGCACGCCGCUUUCGUGUGAGACACUGAGUGUAAAGUUGUUGUGUCUCUGUAACAUUUGUUACUAAUUUGUUAUAUGUUUUUAUUGUUUUUGUUGUUUUAGUUUAGUUUUCGAAUAAA